UGCGCGUAUGCGCAUGCGCGCGCCGGCAGCCAUGUCACCUUGCGCCUCCGCCCGGGUCUGAGGUGCAUGUUUACCUCAGCGGGGUUAGUAUGUGGCCGGGCCCUGUCCCGCCCGCCCGCUAGAGGCCGAGGAGUCGGCCUGAGGGUCUGAGGUCAACGGGAGGCCUCCUAGCUGGCCCUCGCCCCUCCCGCCGGGACUCUGCGCCCGGGGCCUCCCCUGGCCGCGCUGCCUCCGCUGGGAGCCCCGGGUCAGCUCCCCCGGCGGCCGCGGCUCGUCCGGAACUUACUGAGUCGGGAACUCGGGGCGAUUCUGCUGCAGGCUGGAGCUGGAGACACACUGUUGUAUUUAAUCGCCCCCCCCACCCCCAAGCAUCCUCUGCUCUCUUUCCAGAAAGAAAAAGCAUCUCUGACAUUCGGGGUCUCGGGGACAAGCGCCUGGACCUCGUUCUCUCGGCGCUGAUCUGUGGAUCUCGGCGUGUCGGGGGACAUGGAAGAAGAAAAGACAACUGCUGAGUUACCAAAAAAGAUGAUACAGUUCCCCCGUGUUGACAGCCUCACCCGUCCUCUUGUGCACACUGGAGGAGUUGUACCUUCUGAACAGAACUUCUGGGAUGUUUUAGGACCCCGUGGUCUUUGAGGAUGUGGCUGUGGACUUUACACAGGAGGAAUGGGCUUUGCUGGAUCCUUCUCAGAGGAACCUCUACAGAGAUGUGAUGCUGGAGAACUUCCAGAACCUGGCCUCACUAGGGUAUCUGCUACACACACCCCAUCUGAUCUCCCAGUGGGAAAAAGAGGAGGACCUGCAGCCCAUGAAGAGAGGAGUCAUCCAGGGCAUCUUUACAGGGGAGCACCAUGAAGAUUUUGAGACUCAACUUAAAACUAAUGAAUCAGUUGUCCCACAAGAUAUUUGUGGAGAAAAAAUAUCCAAUGAAGAGAAAAAAGUAAGAUUAAAAAGAAAUGAUUCCUCAUCCUCCAUUUUACCUGAAAACUGGGAAUACUGUGGUAUUGAUUAUCAGAACAAAAGCCAUGAGAGACAUCUGAGAAAUCAUUUGGUGGAAAACAUCUAUCAAUGUAAUGAAGAAAAUCAACAUGGACAAACCUUUAGCCAAGUUCCAAAUCUUGAAACACUCCAGAGAACUACUGAAAUAAAAUCCUAUGAAUGCCGUGAGUGUGGAAAGGCCUUCACGGAUCACUCGUCCCUUAAGAUUCACAUCAGGUCUCAUACUGGAAGCAAACGCUACCAGUGUAAGGAAUGUGGGAAAGCCUUCCAUUUUCUUGCUUGUUUUAAGAAGCAUAUGAAAACUCCCACUGAAGAAAAACCUUAUGAGUGUAAGGAAUGUACCACAGCCUUCAGUUGUUCCUCUUUCUUUAGGGCACAUAUGAAGAUUCACACUGGAAAAACAAACUAUGAGUGUAAGGAGUGUGGGAAAGCUUUUAGUUGUUCUUCAUCCCUCACAGAACACAAAAGAAUUCACAGUGGAGAUAAGCCUUAUGAAUGUAAGGAAUGUGGGAAGGCCUUUAGUUGCUCCUCCUCACUCUCCAAACACAAAAGAAUUCAUAGUGGAGAUAAGCCAUAUGAAUGUAAAGAAUGUGGGAAAGCCUUCAGUUCUUCCUCUCACCUCAUCAUACAUAUAAGGAUUCACACUGGAGAGAAGCCUUAUGAAUGUAAAGAGUGUGGAAAGGCCUUUAGCGAGUCCUCAAAACUCACUGUACACGUGAGGACACAUACUGGAGAGAAACCCUAUAAAUGUAAGGAAUGCGGGAAAGCCUACAAUUGUCCCUCCUCCUUAAGUGUCCAUAUGAGAAAACACACUGGAGAGAAACCCUACGAAUGUCUGGAAUGUGGAAAAUCCUUCUAUCUUCCCACUUCUCUUAAUACACAUGUGAAAAAUCAAAGUAGAGAGAAACCCUACGAAUGUAAGGAAUGUGGGAAGGCUUUCAGCUGUCCAUCAUCCUUUAGAACCCACGUGAGAGAGCACACUGGAAAGAUACAAUAUGAAUGUAAGGAGUGCGGGAAGGCCUUUAGUCGUUCCUCAUCCCUCACUGAACACUUAAGAACUCACAGUGGAGAGAAGCCUUAUGAAUGUAAGGAAUGUGGGAAAGCCUUUAUUAGUUCCUCCCACCUUACAGUACAUAUAAGAACUCACACUGGAGAGAAACCUUAUGAAUGUAAGAAAUGUGGGAAAGGUUUUAUUUAUCCCUCAGCCCUUAGGAUCCACAUGAGAACACACACUGGGGAAAAACCCUAUGAAUGUAAGGAAUGUGGGAAAGCAUUUCGUCAUUCUUCCUACCUUACUGUACAUGCAAGAAUGCACACUGGAGAGAAACCCUUUGAAUGUCUGGAAUGUGGAAAAGCCUUUAGUUGUCCCUCAUCCUUCCGAAGACAUGUGAGAAGCCACACUGGAGAGAAACCCUAUGAAUGUAAGGAAUGUGGGAAAGCCUUUGUUUGUCCUGCCUACUUUCGAAGACAUGUGAAAACUCACUCUAGAGAAGACAUCUAAAUGUAAGGCAUAGGGGAAUGUCUGCAAGUCUUCUUCAAAUCCUAUGCAACUUGUGAGAUUUCAUACUGUGGAGACACCCUAUGAAUGUAAGAAAGUAGGAAAUUAUCGCUCAACUUUUUGGAGAUUUGAGGACACCUUAGAGAAACCCGGUGUGUAUAAAUCAUGUACUAAAGCCUUCAUGAACAUCAAUUAUUGUGUAUAAGAAAUGUCAUACUAGAAAUGAAGAUCAGUGUCUCAUCCUUAAAGUGGACUGCUGGCUCAUUGAUUUCCUGUGUUUUUGAUAUGAACAUUUAAAGUGAUAAAAUUUACCUUUUUAGCUCUAGCCAUAGUAUGACGUGCUUUUAUUUUGGCUUAGGUGUAAAUAUUUGCAUUACAAAGUCUUCUGGAUCAUGGAGGAUUCAAAGUAUAUUUUUUCAUACAGAAGCAGGAAUAGUCUUUUUUUUUUUCUUCUAAUUACUGGUUUCUAAUUAAUGCCCAUUGUUCUCUAAGUGUGUAGUCAUUAUGGUAUUGACACUUUAAUUUUGGUUGUUAUUUUCUUUUUGGUCUAGUAUGACAGAUACUGGAAAUUGCCUACUCAAUAUUUUUCUUCCCAUUUUUUGCUUAACCAAGAGAACUUACAGUUUUUGAGAUGAUCGGUUUUUACUAUUAAAAGUUUUUCAUGCCUAAUUAAUUUCAGCAGAAAUUAGUAAGUGCAAAGAUCUUGAAAGAGGAUGGUGUCAUCUAAUAUGCUACUUUUAUAUUUUGCUCUUUGUCCUUGCUCAUGGCUGGGAAUUGGAUCCAGUGUUUUGAGUUAGAAAAUUAUGUUGUGUUAACCUGGCUUAAAAUGGGUGGGGACAACAUGUCUCAGAAUCACUUUUUUCCUCAGUUCUGGGUUAUAGUUGUCUAAAAUAAGAGUUUGUAUGAGAUUUGGAAGGUAUAAGGGAUGAAGUCAUUAUGCUAUGUUUAGUGAGGCCAUCAGACAAGGAGACAGAUCUGGAAGGGCCUGAUGGGCUCUAUCUAGUUUUCAUCUCAUUUUUCUGAUUAUUGGACCCAUUGAUCAAUACUUGCUCAAAACUGAACCUUAAGUGCUUGACUUCACUUUUCUCAGAGGCAGCAACUCCAUAGACAUCUCCAUACACAGCUUUCUAGAUUUUCUGGCAAGCUCUGGCAUUGUUAUUUUGCUGAUAUUGCAGUCCCUCUGGCACAGUGUGGGGCAGGAUUGUUGUCCUGUGCAUGGUCCAAUCCCAUGAUGUCACUCUGCUCAUGGGGAAAGACAUCUUUGCAAACCUACUGUGAUCUCAAAAGCAAGAAGAGCUAUGGACAGUGAGGGAAAUUAUUCUAGAUGUAAUUGAAGUAAACAUGAGACGGUGUCAUCCCAUUUUAGUGGUGGAAGAUUUAUAUUUGACACCUUCAAACAGGGAAGAUUUUACUGCUUUUUCAUGUGAGAAGAUGAACACUUUGAGCUGCUUCCGGUACAUUUAGAUGCCCUUUUUCCUUCUAUUAUAUUUUCUCUAAAAGUCUAACCAUAAAAGUCUUUUUCUAAAAGUCUAAAAGUCUUUUUCUCUAAAAGUCUAACCAUACUACUUCUCCUUAAUCACUUCUUACUGUUUUAUAAAACAGAAAUGUAAAGUAUACAUACACUAACAUGCAUGAAGUAUGCUAAUCUUCAGUGUACACGUUGAUGAAAUUUCACUUAUGUAUAAAUCCUGGUAAACAGAACAUUUCUAGGACUCCAGGAAUCUCUUUAAUCCUCCUCCUCCUCCAUAAUUAAUUAAUCCACAGGGACUACCACAAUUUUGACUAUUAUUACAAUUAAUUAGGUUUGCUUGUUCUUAAUUUUCAUAUAAGUUAAAAUACAACAUGUACAGUUAUGUGUUUGGCUUCUCUUGCUCAACCUAAUGUCUACUUUGCCUUUUAAUUGCUCUUUUGGUAGACUUAUACAUUUUUCUCUUGGUAUAUGCUAUGUUUUUAGGAUUGAGAUAACUGAAUUAUAGGAUAGACUUUAAGUUUCGUUUUGGGAGGUAUUCCAGUUUCCCAAAAAUGUUGAUUCCACCAAUAAUACCCCAAACAGUGCAUGAAAGUUCCAAUUGUUCCACAUACCUGACCAGCACUUUCUAUUUUUAGCCAUUUAACAGAGGGCAUGGUGGUAAUUGUUUUGGGUUUUAAUUUACCUGAUACAUAAUGAUUUCGAGUACUUUUUUUGUGUGCUUAUUGGCUAUUUGGAUAUAUUUUAUGAGGAUGCCUGUUGAAUCAUUUCACCCAUUUUUGUUUCCUUUUUUUUUAAAGAAAAUUGAUGGCUUUCUUUCUGGUUACUUGCCCUUUAUUGUAUAUAUGUGUACCUCUAUAUCUAUAUACAUAUGUAUACAUAUAUACAAACCAUGUAUUCUAUAUCAUAUAUACACACAAAAUAUAAUAUGUAUAUUAUAUAUACGUAUAUUACAGAUAGCUUUUCCCAGUUUCUGUCUUGUCUUUUAUUCCUAAAGAGUAAAAACUCUUUAAAGGGAACAUGUUGGUUUGAAUACUAAAAAGUCCUUGGGUACAACUAGCUUCAGGCAUGGCUAGAUUCAGGGGCUUAAAAGAUACUAUCUGGAUGAGUUCUGUCACCAUGUCUUGGCUGUGCAUCCUCUUGCAUUAUCUUUUUCCAACCAGGCUGUCUCUUCAUUGUUGGCCCUGGAGGCUCCAGGCUAAUUACCUCCCAGGUUAAAGUCUCAGGGAGAAGAGAGUGGUUGUCUUUUUGAACAUUUCCAGUAUAAUUAUCAGCAUUGAAUGUGAUCGGCUCUGACUGGCUCACUUGCCCACCAUAAUCCAAGGACUGUGGCCAGGGGAAUGUAGUGCUCUGAUUUGUUUAGGACUAGCUGCCAUGCUUAUCCAGAAACUGGGCUGGAGUCUGCACCAACUGAAUACCCUACUAUCUUAAUUUAUGUUGCUUUGUAUGAUAGUAUUUUUGGAAAUCAUAGUGGGAACCUUCUAACUUUUUUAUUCUUUAAGAUUGUCUUACCUUCUCUAUUCCUAUGUUUCUAUAUUAAUUUCUCUAUUCAUAUGUUUCUAUAUUAAUUUUAGAAUGCCAUUUUUCACAAGUGAAUCUUCUGGGACUAUGCUUGGAAUUGGCCUAAGGAAAAUUAACAUCUUUACAAUAUUGAAUCUUCCAAUUGAUAAACAUGAUGUUAUUGUCCGUUUACCUAAAUCUUCUUUUUUUUUUUUUUUUUUUUUUUUUG